GACCUCAGUUUACAACACAGGAAAGAAACUUCCGUGGUUUUGAGUAUCACAAAAGAAAUGGUCACAGAAACUUUAUGCCUGGUCUAAUCAUGGACUUUGGGAGCAAAUUUCUCAAUGCAAGACACCCUGCUUUAUGUCAUGUCAGAAGAAUUGAUAAAAAGGCAAUGGAGCUAGGGACAGUACUCAAUGUGAAUAGUAAGACAAGUCCUGGAAAUUUAUUCAGUGGAAGAUCUCGACAUGUCAGAACUCCAAGAAAUGUUGCCAGGGUAGCUGCAGUAAUGAACACAUUGUGCCAAACACAUUGGAGCUAGAAAUACUUCUCCUGUAAGCUCUGCAAGGAGAAACUCUUUAAUGUUAAGCAAAUCCAGCUGGUCAAGGAUAUCAACUGAUAUGAAAUAUCACCCAUAUCGGCCAAUUAGAAGGCAGUAACUAAAACCUGAAGAUUUACCAUGAAGAAUACAGUUUUGUACCUGGAUCAGAACUCUCACAAAUAAUCAGCUAGGUAAACUUGUCUCAAACUUUGAAUUAAAUUGUUCUGUAAAUUCUCAGAAGGUUCGACGGUAUGCUCCUCUCAAGUCUAGUGAUCCAGUAAAUGGUGGCCGCGGCCUGCUCACUUUAUUGUGGAGAAACCAACCUUUCCAAACAAAUUGAUGGUGUUUUGUGCAGUGUGAAGGUUGAUGGAACAUUUGGAAUGGAAGUAUACAGAAAUCAAACCAUGAAUGGGGCUCGAUACCAUUCUUUGUUACAGUUCACAGCUUUGCCUGAAUUAGAAAUAAGAAAAGGUGGCAAUCUGAAUACCCUAUGGUGGCAGCAGGAUGGCGCACCAUGCCAUGUUACUGAUCACAACAUGAGAUAUCUGGACCGUAAGUUUGAGGGUAGAGUUGUUAGCAGAAGAGCCAUUAGAGGGCAUGACUGGCCGGCCAGGUCACCUGACCUAAAUCCAUUGGACUUUUUUCACUGGGGGUUCUUGAAAUCCCAAGUAUACACACCAAAACCAAGAGAUUUAAACGAGUUAAAACUGGCCUUGAAGAGAGCAGUUGCUAGAGUAGACGUUGAUAUUUGCAGGAGAGCAGUUAUGGAUGUAAGGAAUAGAGCAGAAAAUUGUAUUGCAAACCAUGGUGGGCAUUUUGAGUAGAAAGACCAUAUAAAUGUUUUUGUAUCAAUAUUCUAUAUUAUUUUUGUAAUUGUAAACCAUAAUUUUCAUAUAUUGAA